CUCAAAACAAAGUCGCAAUACUCUUUCUCGACAAUUGAGUAUCUAUUGCUGUCAUCAGAUCGUCCGUCCAUCUGACAGCAAUAAGUACAUAAAAUAUGGCGGACAAGAAGAUUUACCAAGCAAGUACGACUGCUCCAGUCAACAUCGCAGUCGUCAAAUAUUGGGGAAAACGAGAUCCCAAACUCAACCUCCCAACCAAUUCCUCCGUCUCAGUCACCCUCUCCCAAGCCGACCUCCGAACCCACACCACAGCCGCCUGCUCAUCCUCCUUCGGAAACGAAGACACCCUCCUCCUGAACUCCUCCCCCCAAGACGUAACAGGCGCCCGAACCCAAGCCUGCUUCCGCGAACUACGCGCUCUCCGCUCCUCCCUCGAAGCCUCCGACUCUUCGCUCCCCAAACUCUCUACCCUCCCCCUCCGCAUCGUCUCCGAGAACAAUUUCCCCACAGCCGCCGGUCUCGCAUCUUCCGCUGCCGGAUUCGCAGCCCUGGUUCGCGCUAUUGCAAACCUCUACGAGCUCCCUUCUUCACCUACAGAUCUCUCACGGAUCGCACGACAAGGGAGCGGCAGUGCUUGUCGAUCGCUGUUCGGUGGCUAUGUAGCAUGGCAGAUGGGCAGCAAAGCAGACGGCUCUGACAGCGUCGCCGUGGAAGUAGCACCCGCCUCGCACUGGCCCACCAUGCGGGCUCUCAUCUUGGUAGUAUCCGCCGAGAAGAAAGGCGUGAGCAGCACGUCUGGGAUGCAGAUCACAGUUGCGACAUCGAAGCUGUUUAAGCACAGAGCCGAGGUCGUGGUUCCGCAGCAUAUGGAGAUGAUGGAGAAGGCGAUCAAGGAGAAGGACUUUGAGACUUUUGCAAAGGUUACGAUGAUGGAUUCGAACUCUUUCCAUAGCGUUUGUCUUGAUACGUUCCCGCCGAUUUUCUACCUGAACGAUGUUUCUCGUUCGGCGAUCAGGGUGGUGGAAGAUAUCAAUAAGAAAGCUGGAAAGAUCGUUGCAGCGUAUACCUUUGAUGCGGGACCAAAUGCUGUAAUUUACUUUGAGGAAGAGAACGUUGAGCAAGUUGCUGGUGUGUUGAAAUCUGCAUUGGGUAGUUUGGACGGAUGGCAAGGACGAGAUAUCAAGGUUCAAGAUACGGAGGGGGUGGAUGCGAAGGCGGUACAGGUGCUCAAGGAGGGGGUAAGCAGAGUCAUUUUGACUUCUGUGGGAGAGGGGCCUAUCCGAACGGAGGAAUCUUUAAUAGCGGAAAACGGUGAGCCUCUAAAGAAGUGAGAAGUCUCAAAAGUUGCUUUGUCAAUAGAUAUGAUAUCCCUGUAACUUGUCUUACUUGCUCUCAUCGUCAUGGCUGUUUAAAUUUGUGUCAAGCAAAAUUUACAGGUCAAAAGUUCUUGGACCUGACUUUUGUGACUUAAAAAGACG